GUAUCUUGUGUUAGAUUUUCACCCAACCACGCCAACCCCAUCAUCGUUUCUGCUGGUUGGGAUCGUAUGGUGAAGGUGUGGAACUUGACCAAUUGCCGACUGAAGAUCAAUCAUUCUGGACACACUGGCUAUUUGAACACUGUUACCGUUUCCCCAGACGGUAGUCUGUGCGCCAGUGGCGGCAAAGACUGCAAAGCCAUGCUCUGGGAUUUGAAUGACGGCAAGCAUUUACACACCUUGGAUCACAAUGACAUCAUUACUGCACUGUGCUUCUCACCUAAUAGGUACUGGCUUUGUGCAGCUUUCGGCCCCUCCAUCAGGAUAUGGGAUUUGGAAAGCAAGGAAAUGGUUGAGGAACUCAGGCCGGAAGUUGUUUCGCAGAACAGUAAGGCUGAACCUCCUCAGUGUUUGUCUUUGGCAUGGUCGACAGAUGGACAAACUUUGUUUGCAGGUUACUCUGAUAAUACCAUCAGAGUAUGGCAAGUUAGUGUGUCUGCACACUGAUUUGUUUUCACUUUUGACAUUGUAAAUAAAAAUAUUUGUGAAUAAAGUGUCCGAAGAAAUUGA